CAGAUUAGGAUUAGGGUAAGGUCUCGCUUCAGGCAAUAUCUCUUAUCAGUUAUUGUUCGUUUGUGAAUGCUUGUGCCGUGUUUAAGGAAAAAAUGCGGCUGCCAUGGAUAGUCGCUGGUAUAAUAGCAGUUGGGUUUGCCGCAGCUCAACAAGAUGGCAGCGAUGAUGGAAGCACCUUCUCCGCACAAAAAUACCAAGUCGUGCCUCUUGAUCCAAUUAAUUUUAACACUGAAGUGGGCGCAAGGCAUAGUGUUAUAAUCCGACCAAAUUUGUUUGUCGUUCCUGUUGAGUGUUAUUUAGUCACCCUGAAUGGAACAGUCAAGCAAAUUACUGAGGACUUCGAACAUCCCGGAUUUGAAAGAUUUAUAGGGUCCAAUGUGGACUGUGGACUGAACAUAGUCGUAUCGAAAGAUAUGGUUGGCACAUGGACGAUGUUUGCGAGGUCUUCAAUUUGGAAUACGCCGACAGAAAGAAGGUUGCCGUUCAGUAUUCAAAUCGAAGAUGAAAACCAGGCAGAAGAUGAAAAUGUACCCGAACCGGCCGAGGGAUUAUCGAAAGUAGAAGAUAACAUCGCAUGGUUACCGCAGAUCGAACGAGUUACUAGAACUGACCAAUUCAUUGACGUAACAUUGAAUAAAAUUGAACAGCAGGAAGAAUGCUAUUUCAUUACCCCUUCAGGUGAAAACAGUACUGACCAAAUUGAAAUUUAUGGCGUUACUGCACAGAAUAGUAGUAAUUACGUAUCAUGCAGGAUUACUAUAGGGCCAAUGGAAGCAUCUCUCUUGGGCAAUUGGACGCUGUGUGGGAAAACUGAUGACCACGAGAGAUGCCAACGAGUCAGCAUUGCUUGGAACAAUAACAACAAUCCUAACAUUACAUGGCAAACAAAUGACCAGCAGCUAUUCGAACACAGCGUUAACCUUGGUGGAUAUUUAAACCCUGUAGUUAUUGGACAAGGUACAGGCCAGACCUGCCAUGUCAUCACCCCGAAUGGUGAAGACUUGGUCCUGGCUUCUCAUAUGGAGUAUCCUUACAUUCAUCGUAGAAAUACAACAUCAGAUACGUGUGCUGUUACUAUUGGACCAAUAGAGCGCUGGAUGUUGGGCAACUGGACUCUGUAUGGACAAUUUAGAUCCGUUUUGUGGUUCAACGAAGCCAGACUGCCUAUGACCAUGUUCCUUUAUGACGAAGAAAAUCCUUUCGCCCAGCCAUACAAUGUGACUAAUCUCGAACCGUUCAACCGCGUCAUCAAUUUGAACACAACAGUAACAGUAGAAGUUACUGGCACUGGCAGUAUCGACAGUUGUGUAUACAGAGCCCCAUCUGGACAAGUGUAUGGGUUCCAAGCAUCAGAACAGUUUCCUGGAGUGGAGAUCGUUAAUGUAGACAACAAUAUUCUCUGUCGCAUGUCUAUCGGGCCGAUUAAAGAAAACAUGCUCGGCGAAUGGCAAAUAAUCGGAAAAUUCAGUAGAAAUGGAAUAUUCACUGAAAGAAGGCAGAUAUUCAACAUCAUACGAGAAGAUCCCGACAACCCCAUCAUAGAAGAUAGAGUUGUACAAAAUUUAACUGAACGUGUUUUCGAUACGAAAAUUGGCACGAAUCACACAAUAAGUAUUUUUCGAAGCACGUUCGUUAACCCUCAAAGUUGCCAUAUUAGGACACCAGCUGGUAGACAGUAUACCAUCAUGGAUGGCUUUUAUUUACCAGGAGUGACUGUUGUUACUGGAUCUGAAGUGGUGUGUGGUGUUACCAUUGAGGUUUUCUCUGAAGAUAUGAUUGGUGAAUGGGUUCUUAUUUCUAGAGCUACUAUGUCUUCAGACGCUAUAGAGAGAAGGCAGCCUUUCGUCAUUUAUGUUGAAGAAAAAGUGGAAGCGUUCCCUCGGGAACUAGUCAUCACAGAAGGCAACGAUCUCUAUGUAAGAUUGAGAGAACCGACAGACCAAUACGACACUUGCUCACUCAUCGGCCCUAAAGAAAAUAGCACUUCGGAUCACGACAUAGACGUUAUUCACAACAAAUCUUGCGGUUUUGUCGUCAAAACUGUAAGGAUGAGCGACGAAGGAACUUGGGAAAUAGUAUAUGGAGCGAGAAUCGUUUACAGAGCUAGGAUCAAGGUUUCUGUUGUUGCAAGAAAAGUAUCUCAGAUGAGCAACAUGACGCUAAAUCUGGACAGAGAAGUAAACAAAGAAAUUGGUCCUGAAGAUGCAGUUUAUUGCAAACUGAUAGAUCCUAAAGGAUUUUCUGUUUUCGACGGUUUCGGCAGAUGCAAACUGGCUAUCGAAAGAGUGACCAUGGAUCUCAGUGGUUACUGGAAGAUGCUCGUCGGAAUACCUGGAAGAGUUUUAGUUGAGACUCAGGAAUUCAUGGUCACCGUUGUUGAAGCAGAACCAAAGGCAGUUGUGUCAACAAAAGUCGAAAGAGAGCGGCCGUCAGUGAUACUGUCGUGUUCUGUGUCGAGCCAACACAACGUGAGCGCUUGCAAGUUCCGCGACCCGAGUGGGACUAUUCUCCUCGCCAACCAGGGAGUCGGGGAGGAUCGUUACGUCUUCCAUGGGAGUGAAGUUAGCGUCACGGCAGAAGUUCAUAGCCACGUGUGUGGCCUGCGCAUUACUAACCCCACGGUGAAUGACCUGGGUCUGUGGCGCUGUGGUAUGGAGACAGAGGGAGACACAUACUUCGGCUUCUUGUCUGUAGUCUGCCCCUGGUUGAUGCAGGAUCCUGAAGUACAAGCGACUGUCGUUACAGAACCUACUCUAACGCCCGACAGAUCUAACAUAACCGCCGUGGAAGGAGAGACAGUGAGGAUGUCCUGUUCUGUCCAGUCUGCCAUUAGAUACUGUUAUUUCAGAAACAGUAAUGGCACAGUCUUCAGUAUCAAACCUGCAACUUCGACUUCUUCUAUGGAAUACGUUGGAAGUGGCUUCGACGCGGGCGAAUGUGGAGUCAGGUUCACGAACCUGGUGGCCAGGAACAGUGGAAACUGGAGCUGUCACGUGGGACUCGUCAACCAAACGGUAGAACAGAGAGCGCGAUUCCAAGUAAAUAUCCAAGAGCCGAUGACAGUGCGUCACUACAUGCAUCAAGGACACGGGCUAGUUGUAGAAGCCAGAGUCCACUCGGAAAGACAUCUAGAGUACUGCAGAUUCGUUCGAAUUGAUGGAACAGGAUUCUCUACUGACUCCAUACCAGCUGGUUACAAUUUCAUUGGCUCCCUUGACUCCGGCCACUGCUUACUGCAAAUAGAAGAGGCGAGUACGCUGAACCUCCGCCGUUGGACCGUCGCAGUGAAGAUUAGAGGUCAAGAAUUAGAACUCUCUAGACAAACCACGGAAAGCUUGCGUUGGGUCCAACGUCCGAGAGGAUUUAGCACAAUUUACUUCUGGGUAGUCAUCACGCUCAUGUUUUUAUCGUUCGUUAUGCUCGGAUUAACCUUCGGGCCAAAGAAGAACAGGCAAUGGACGUACGAGAGAGCUGCUCGAGUCAGAAACAGUUUGAGAAAUAGUUUUCGGAAACAAAGGCGAAUUGAAAACGCUUAGAAACUAAACCUUAUUAAUGCAAUGUAAUGUUAUUAGAUGUUUAUUUACAUAACGAACUAAAUUCAAUCAAUGACUAAAUAAAAAUGUAAUGUAUUUAGUCUUUUUUGAUAAUACUCUAUUUUAUUAAUAUUGUAUACGUAUUUGCAUUUUUGACAUGAUAUAAUUUUGUAUUGAAUUUUGAUAUGUUAAACCUGUAAUAAUAAAUAAUGGGGAAUCAUGUUUUCA